GGCGCGGCGCAGUGCAGGAGCCGGAGCCGGGCCGGCAGCGGGGCUCGGCCGGCGGCGGCAGCAGGAGCAGGGCGCAGGCAGCACCGCCGCUUCGCUGCCGUCUGGCGGAGCGGGGCGAAGCCAAGCGACCGGCGGGUUGCGCCGCGCCCGCCCGCUGCUCUCUCCCCCCGCGUUCCCGUGAGCCGCUCCCCGCCCGGGUCCCUCGGGUGCAGCAUGAAGUGCGGCGAUGGCCCGGAGAGGUAAGACGGCGGUGAGGACGCUGGAAGACCUGACGCUGGACUCCGGGUAUGGUGGUGCGGCGGACUCUGUGCGCUCCUCCAACUUGUCGCUGUGCUGCUCGGAUUCGCACCCCGCGUACCCCUAUGGAGGAAGCUGCUGGCCGCACCUAACUGACUCCAUGCACAGUCGGCACAACAGCUUCGACACCGUCAACACCGUCCUAGCGGAAGACUCCGAGGUGCUGGACUGCGCGGGGCAGCAGUGCUCCCGGCUCCUGCCCGACCUUGAGGAGGUCCCCUGGAGCCUGGAGGAGGUGGAGGCACUGCUGCUGCCGCCGCCGCCGCGCCGGGAGCCGCGGGCGCCGGGCGCCGCCAGCCCCGGCAGCCGGGAUGCGGCGGCGCGGCUCUCGACGCUGGUGAGCCGGGCGCUGGUGCGCAUCGCUCGGGAGGCGCAGCGACUGAGCCUCCGCUUCGCCAAGUGCACCAAGCACGAGGUGCGGAGCGCCAUGGAGAUCGUCCUGGGCUGGACGCUGGCGGCCCGCUGCACGGCAGCCGCCCUCGGCGCCCUCUCCCUCUACAACAUGAGCAGCAGCGGCGGCGACCGCUUCAGCCGCGGCAAGUCGGCCCGGUGCGGACUGGCCUUCUCCGUGGGCAAGUUCUACCGCUGGAUGGUGGACAGCCGCGUGGCCCUGCGCAUCCACGAGCACGCCGCCAUCUACCUCACCGCCGGCACCGAGAGCCUCUUCCGCGACAUCCACGCGCGGGUGCUGGCCGGUCCCGCCGCCCCGCUCCCGCCGCCCGGCCGCCCCCCGGCCGCCGCUGCCGCCCCGGCCGAGAAGGAGAAGGAGGGCGGCGAGGCGCCCCGCUUCACCCUGGAGGCGCUGGAGCAGACGGUCAACAACGACCCCGAGCUCUGGGGCUUGCUGCAGCCCUACCAGCACCUCAUCUGUGGAAAGAACGCCAGCGGUGUUCUCUGCCUGCCAGACAGCUUGAACCUUCACAAGGACCAGCAGAGGUCAAACAAGCCUGGGGAGGUGCAGAUGUUCAGCCAGUCAGAGCUGAGGACCAUUGAACAGUCUCUACUUGCCACACGCGUGGGGAGCAUCGCUGAACUCAGUGACCUGGUGUCUCGAGCGAUGCACCACCUGCAGCCCCUCAAUGCCAAGCAGCAUGGGAACGGGACACCCAUGCACCAGAAGCAGGGAUCCUUCUACUGGGAGCCGGAGGCUCUGUACACUCUUUGCUACUUCAUGCACUGUCCACAGAUGGAGUGGGAAAACCCCAACGUGGAGCCCUCGAAAGUCACGCUGCAGACUGAGAGGCCGUUCAUCGUGCUGCCUCCGCUGAUGGAGUGGAUUCGGGUGGCGGUGGCUCACGCGGGGCACCGGCGCAGUUUCUCGGUGGACAGCGAUGACGUGCGGCAGGCGGCCCGGCUCCUGCUGCCGGGAGUUGACUGCGAGCCCCGGCAGUUGAAGAUCGACGACUGUUUCUGUGCCUCUCGGAAGCUGGAUGCAGUUGCCACCGAGGCCAAGUUCAAGCAAGACCUGGGUUUCCGGAUGCUCAACUGCGGCCGCACGGAUCUGGUUAAGCAAGCCAUAUCCUUGCUGGGGCCGGAUGGGAUCAACAGCAUGAGCGAGCAGGGCAUGACUCCACUGAUGUAUGCUUGUGUCAGGGGUGAUGAGGCUAUGGUGCAGAUGCUGCUAGAUGCUGGAGCAGAUCUGAAUGCCGAGGUUGUCAGUACUGCUCAUAAAUACCCAUCCGUCCACCCUGAGACCCGCCAUUGGACAGCUCUGACAUUUGCUGUGUUGCAUGGACAUAUUCCUGUAGUUCAGCUAUUGCUGGACGCUGGAGCAAAGGUAGAAGGUUCUUUAGAGCAUGGAGAGGAAAAUUACUCUGAAACUCCUUUACAGCUGGCAGCAGCUGCUGGAAAUUUUGAACUGGUCAGUUUGCUGUUGGAGCGAGGAGCUGACCCCAUGAUAGGAACAAUGUACAGGAAUGGCAUUUCCAUGACUCCACAAGGUGACAUGAACUCUUUCAGUCAGGCUGCUGCACAUGGACACAGCCAUCCAGAGGAGCAUAGAUACAGGAAUGUUUUCCGCAAGCUGCUUGCUCAGCCGGAGAAGGAGAAGAGCGAUAUCCUGUCCUUGGAGGAGAUCCUGGCCGAGGGCACGGACUUGCCCGACUCGGCGGCAGCUCCGCUCUGUGCCAGCCGCAACAGCAAGGCCAAGCUGAAGGCCCUGAAGGAGGCCAUGUACCACAGCGCCGAGCACGGCUACGUGGACGUCACCAUCGACAUCCGGAGCAUAGGUGUUCCGUGGACGCUGCACACGUGGCUGGAGUCUCUGCGCACAUCCUUCCAGCAGCACCGGCGGCCCCUCAUCCAGUGCUUGCUGAAGGAGUUCAAGUCCAUUCAGGAAGAGGAGUACACUGAGGAGCUCAUCACACAAGGGUUGCCUCUGAUGUUUGAGAUACUGAAGGCCAGCAAGAACGAGGUGAUCAGCCAGCAGCUCUCUGUCAUUUUCACUCAUUGCUAUGGACCCUACCCAAUUCCAAAGCUCGUGGAAAUUAAGCGCAAGCAGACCUCUCGCCUGGAUCCCCAUUUUCUUAACAAUAAAGAAAUGUCAGACGUCACAUUUCUGGUGGAAGGAAGACCAUUUUAUGCACAUCGAGUGUUGCUGUUUACUGCAUCACCAAGGUUUAAAGCAUUGCUGUCUAGCAAGCCCUCAUCUGAUAGUACUUGUAUUGAGAUCAACUACGUGAAGUAUCCCAUCUUUCAGCUGGUUAUGCAGUAUCUUUAUUAUGGAGGUGCAGAGUCACUCCUGAUUAAAAAUAAUGAAAUUAUGGAGCUUCUCUCUGCUGCUAAAUUUUUCCAGCUUGAAGCUUUACAACGACACUGUGAGAUCAUUUGUGCAAAAAGCAUUAAUACAGAAAACUGUGUGGAUAUUUAUAAUCAUGCCAAGUUCCUCGGUGUCACAGAACUAUCUGCCUAUUGUGAAGGCUACUUUCUAAAAAACAUGAUGGUCCUCAUUGAAAAUGAAGCUUUCAAACAGUUGUUGUAUGACAAAAAUGGAGAAACAUCUGGUCAGAGUGUACUAGAGGACUUACAGAGGACGUUGGCCACAAGGAUUCAGUCAAUUCAUUUGUCUUCUUCAAAGGGCUCCAUUGUGUAAAGCUGAGGAAGAUGGUAACCCUCUAAUCAAAGACCCUGCAAGUUAAGUCUGCUGUUGCAGUUCCUCCAGCCUGUUGCAGUUGCUGAAAUGACUACAAAAAAAGAAAAUGUAAAAAAUUCUACGUCGCAUCCAAACAGUUCUGUUCCGGCCAAAGGUGCUGCGAUGGGGCUGUGUCCCCACUGGAUUAGAGAAUACAGAAAGUUCCUCCUGCUUUUGAGCAAGCUGGGUACCAGGGUGUCUGGUGAAUUGCCCUUGUACUCACAUUCUAAUCACGAGCCUUUCUUGGAGCUUGAUGCCAACAAAAACCAGAACUCACAUCAGUGAACAGCAGAAGUCCCUGCCUGAAGGGUAGUGCUGGGGAACACCUGAAUUGACCAAUUAAUCAUUUAAGUCAGAUUUGUUCCAGUGUUACACAGUUAAGAACUAUAUGUAUCCCAGAGUCCAUUAUCUCGUGCAUUUAAGAAAUGUAAGAACUGAUAUUGCUGUCCAGCAAAGAUCAGCUGUAUUUAGAGAGUGGGUAAGACUGUUACAGUUGAGGAAAUAUACUGGCAGAUUUUUAGGGGUGGGAACUUUUUAAACUGUUCAUAAAAAAUAAUGGGGUGGCCUUGUAGUUUAAAACCUAUUUCUUAAGCUUAAAAUUUCAUUUUCAACAGAGCUGUGUUUGAGAAUCUAUGUAACAUGUUUUGGUUUUUUAAAUGGUAAAAUGUACAUUGUGUAAACACACAUAUGAUCAAGUUUUGCUUGUAUUCUUUCCUAGGGUGGUAUAAUCUUGCCUAAAAGGCUAUGGUUACACCAAAGAGGCACAUUACCCCACCUGUCUCUAGUACAGUAGUUGCGGGGGGGGCAGGAGAACUGCAUGCUACUUGUGAUUUGGGGUUGAAAUCAAUGACAAACUCAACAAACAUGCAUUUGCAUGAUAACUGUACCUGUGAAAUGUUCCGUCCGUGCUUCGUUUCGCCUAGACAAAUGCAAUGUUACUUCUUGUCAAACUUCAUUUGUGAAAUUAGCUUAUUUUUUAUCUGGUGUGACUGGCUGCAAUAUGAUACCCCUUGGAGCUCCUUCUCGAGAUGCUGAUUGCUGUUUGUUGCAGUGAAGAAAUAACAACAGAUCUUUACUUUAGUGAUGUGUGGAUAUUUUGCUACUGGCCAGAGAUUGUGUCUGAGCUAGACUUUUUAAAAUGAUAAUUAAAUAUGUACUGUAGAAUGAUUUCUCACUGUAUCCUGAGAAUGUAUAGGUAAUCUACAAAUGCAGGGCUUGGGUGGGGUGGGGUGGGGGGGUGAUUUAAAUGGCAAGUAUCAGCUUUGUUUAUUUUGCAGCAUAAUGUUAUCAAGACAAAACUGCUAUUUGCCACAACAUUCCAGAUGCCCUCUCUGAAAACCACAGUAAGAAGCAAGCAAAGAUGUUUCCUUCUUCAUGGCAAAGUGACAUUAAUCUAUUUAUUUUCUAGUGUGCCAUUCUACGAAAUUUAGAAGUUUGCAUGUUAAACUUUUUCUUUUGUUGAAGCAUCUGCAUCAGGUGCCCUUCCAUGUUCCAGCUUUUGAUGUGCUCAGAGAACAUAGUUUUGGCUUCAGCUGUCAACAUAGUAGAAAGCUGUUUCAUGACUCUGAGGUGUAAAUCCUCCUUUCUGCUUGAUCUUCUAAAGCCUCUACUGUUUCUGCAACAAAUGACAAAAUGUCUAAACUGCUACUAAUGUUGCAGAGACACAGCAUGUCAGUCAAUUAGAUCUUGUUUUCUGCAUAGUAUGUGUUCACACAAGAUGUUGUCUGGAACUUGUAAGUAAUGUCUACUUCUGAGUGAAUGUUGUGAUCACAGAAGCAACACCAUAGUCAAUACAACAGCAACACACAGGGGUUCUUGUUGCUUGGUGUGCCUUCUCAUCCAUGGAAACCCAUCCUUCUAUGACAAAAAUAAUUAGAUAAGAGCAGGCCUCACCCUGCAGCCUCGUGUUUAAAAUAGCAAAGUUUUUCAAACAAUAAUCAUUAUAUUAAAUGGGAAGGAAACACUUCCCAUUUAAUAAAGGUAACUCCAAGCUAGUCAGUCUCCUGAGUUGAGAGUGACUGUGGUAAAGUUCACAAGGUUUCUUUCAGCAAUAAAGGGCUUUAUAGGGCCUUUGGUGGGUGUACCUGCGGUGGUCACUGUGUUUGGGCACCCUGAGCUGUUACAGGAAGGGACUGCAGCUAAGGAUUUAUACAGGAUAACUUUUGCCCUUGGAAGUGCUGGUAAUCCAAACAUCACAGAUGUAUAGCUGAAGGAAACCUUAAGAAAAAAGAGUCAUAACUUUCAAUUCUUUUUUGACCAGUGGUCCCCAGGAUUUUUGCCAGCAGAAAAGCCAGCCAGUGUAAACCUGGAAUUCAUUUCUCCUGGAAGCAGCCAGCAAACCUUUGUGGAUCCACAAACCAGAGUUUGGAAAUGGUGAUUUUAGUCUGCCUCUCCUGAUGUGAGGCUGGGUGAGGUCCAGCUGAACUAUGCCAGACAAUGUGCAGCUUGCAGGCUCUUCAGGAAUCCAGUCACAGGGAUCCAUGAUCUUCACCACUCUCAUAAUCAGGAAAUUUUCCAAAGAGACUUCAGAAUUUCUUCAUUGCAAAUCAAGGCACUUUUCCUUUGAGUCCUGAUUCACAGGAAAAACAGAUGAUCUUAUGAGAUCUUUUUAGAAAGUUAUUCAAUGUAUGAAAGGAAUUCUUCUCUUUGCAUCACUAGUAUAGUCUUUCCUAGUUCCUUUGUUAGUGUUUUCUGAUCUUUGUUGUCAUUCCCCUCAUGGCUUCCUGUUUUUCCCAAAUUUCCAUACUUCAGCAGGAGUUUUGUACGUUAACAAGCAAAGCACAGAAACUGUUGCUGUGGUUUAUGUAAAGCAUAUCAGAAAAUAUAUCCCCUGAUAUUUUCUGCAAGAAUAUCCCAUGGCUGGCUUUGAUCCAGUCUGUCUUAUAAUUCCUGAGGGAUUCACUGCUGCCUUCCCAGGAGUUCCAUCUUUAUUUAUGCAUUUGUUUACUACACCUUUCGAAGUAUAGCCCUUUCAAUUUCUCCUUAUUAAAUUUGUUCUGCUCUAAUCAGGGCAAUUUCCCCACUUCAUCAAGAUCAAUUGCGAUUCUGAUAGUGUCUUCUAGCCUGUUUCAUAAUCUCCAACCUUUAUUAUAUGUGGCUUCAUGCAUGGAUUCUUCAUUCCAUUAAUCUGGGGCUGGGGGGAAGGGCUCUUGUCAAUUUAAUAUAAAAAGCAAUGUGAGUGUCAGUGGGUGCCCAUGAAUACCAUCCCUAUCACAUAAGGCUCUUUCCAACAGAGCAUUUUAUUAGCAUUUUUUUCAGACAUGGUGUUAUCAUCUUAGAAAAUAAAAAGCUUUCUCUUCUUUGGUCUUUGUAUGAGUUGCAUUAAUUUACAAAUUUUGAGGCCAAAUAUUGCCUCCAGUCUUGGUAAAAUGGAAAAAAGACAACAUCCUUAGAGAAACUUAGGAUUUUCUUUUUUUAAUCAUAAUUUUCCAGCCUUUAAUGAGUGAAGUUGCCUUUCCAUCUGUCAUUUUUACUAAUCCAGUGCUGUAAUAUUUGGGAACUUACAGACAUCCUGUCCCUGCCUCUUGACAGGUAUUUCCUUAUAUCCCUACAUGGUUCUCCCUUAGUUUCCAGAAUUUCCUCACAUUCCCACUUUGAAUUCCUCACAUUCCCACUUUGCUUCACGUGCUGCUAGUUUCCACACUUCCCAGUUUUUUUACUCUAGAGCCCUGCUGGAUUCCUUCCCAAGCCCAGAAGUGGUAUCUGUUUUGUCCUGAAUAGUUGAUUUUCCAAUAAUUGGCUCAAGAGCUGGGAAGAGAAAAGGAUGGGGAAUGUAGGAGGGCAAAGGUUUUGGACAUCACAGGGGAAGGCUGGCAUUCUUUUCAUACAAAUUUCAGCACUGUCUCUGAUUUUCCCCUGAUCUAUUCCUCAGGUCUGCUGUCCUCUAAACACAGCUGGUGGCCAGAUGCUCUGUGUUCUGGAACAGGGCCAGCUUUCUAAUGGCUAAGACUAUUUUUUCCCCAGCUAAAACUUCUGCCUGCUUGGUUUCAGCUCCAGAGUAGAUUAGUAAAGAAUGGCUAUUAAAGACAGAGGAAACAUCUUUAAAAAGGUGUGAAGGUUUAGUAGCCAGGCUCCUAUUGGUACUAAUGAGAGCUGCUUGCUCAAUUCUGCAUAUGCUGCUUUGGAUACUGAGCCUUUUUGCACUGAAUAUCCACUGGCUUCAUGCCAAAAUCCUGGAUGGGCUGCACUGUGUGAUGUGCUGGGGGCUUUCUUAAAUUCUAGUUUUGUUUUAAAGCAUAGCAGCAUGUGCUACUCUUUAAAGGUUAAAAAGUAAAAGGGAAGUGGGUUGUUUGCACUGAAAUGAACUGCUCUGAGGUGGUGCAGUGAUGGAAAAGAAAAGGCAUCUCUUCUUCCCAGCUGUACCUGCCUAAAAUCAGAGGAGUCUUCUGUUAUUAUGGCAUGGAAUGACGUGAGGUCUGUGGGGACUCAGGCAUACAGGACCCUGCUUAAAUGGGGUUUUUUAAGGUUAAUAGGUUCAUAUAUUCAAGAUGAGGAUCAGGCCAUCCUGGAAAAAGCAGCCAUUCCUAGUGCUCUUGCUUAUGGAUUAAAUCCUGGGAGAAGCUGGAAUCUUGCAAAACUAAUUGAAGUCAGUUGCACAUAUUCAGGGUCCUUUAGGAGCUGGCUUUGUCUUAAAAAUACUGCUGAAAGAUGACAACCUGAAACCUGCAUUCACUAAAGUUGCCUCUGAAGCCACUGGUUUGGGUUUGGGGUUUUGUUGGUUGGUUGGUUAGUUUUGGUUGUGUUUUUUGUUCUUGGUUUGGGGUUUUUGGAUUUGGGGUUUGUUUGUUUGUUUUGUGGGGUUUGUUUUUGUUUGUUUGUUUGUUUUCUGAAUGAGAUUUACCUAAAGCCAAAGUCUUCAAGUUAGUUGGUUUGACAAGGUGUCUUUCAUGUGAGGCUUUGCAAGUGCUUUACAGAAAUGAAGGGCCUAAUGUUGCUUUCAUCCUCUGGCACAGAGAUGUUGAGAUUUAUAAGAAUUAAAAUAACUGCCUAGGAUUUAUCCUAAAAUUUAUUAAAUAAGUUUGCAGGAAGUUACCCUUGAAAUAACCCUCAGAUAAUAUCUGAAACCCCAUAGAUGAGAACAUUACUCAUUUUAGAUGUCAACCUGUAAGCAAACAAACUGCAGCACUUCCAUACAUUUAUAGCAAAAUUAUUAGGUUAGUUUUUAACUUGUUACUUAUUUUGAGGUAAGGCCUUUUAUCUUCAUUUCUGUGGGUGAAAACAGAAGCUGCCCACUCUGACCAGAUUAUCACAUUUCAGUACAAUUGCACCUGACCUGCUAUUUGUAACUGGCCUUCAGCUGCAGAAAACAGCACAGCCAAGUCUUCAGCUGUGGCUCAGUGCUCCGUGGCUUCGGUGAGAGCACUGCUGAGAAUAUUGUGCAUGUGGUGCCCAAAGCAGAAGGAAAAUCUGGAAACCUGCAGAAAGACUAAUGGGAGUUUGUCAGCUGCCUUCAGUGAGCCUUUCAGCUGGGGAAGCAAGCUCAGUGUGGGUAGGAGGAGGACAUUCAGUUUCUUUUUGUUGUCAUUAAGUUGUCAUUCCUUCAGAUCUGUCCAAGGCUUCUUGCAUGGAACAGCUGUAAAUGCCCUAGAGUGUGUUUAUCUUGGAUGCCUGUGCUUAAAAUGUGGUAUCUCACCACCUCAAAGUCAAGAGUCUCAUUAGAUGAUGGGUUUUGUGCUUUGCUUGGACUGCUUGUCACUAAAACACCCAGGAGACAGCAAUUUACAAGAGAGGUUGUGUUGGCUGGAUAGGUUAAUUCUACAGACACCUUGUGCUUUGCAUAGUUAGUUGGCUAAAUCGCUAAACAGCGACUUUGUUGUUUCUUUUUCCUUUGGAAAGGCAUUUUUCACCUUUCUUUGGGCUGACAGUUUUGUUCUUUCAUCCUGUAGAGGCAGUGAUGCCAUGUGAAUGGGCAUGCUUAGCUUAGGCACAGGUUUCUGUCCAUGCUGGAUGGCACAUGAAUGAAGAGGUCUUAGUAAGGGAGGAGGAUUAGGUAAAAUAAUUUGAAUGUAUAAACUCAGAUCUUUGCCUCUGAUUCCAGAGGUAUAGUGUUCACUGUUGGCUAAUUCAUUUGUUCCCCAAGUCAGAGUUUCCAUGAAAUCAAAGGGGAGAGCAGGAACAGGGGAAACAGCCCCAUCUCGUGCCACUUGCUUGGCAUUCUCAACCAGCCCAGUUGGCUCCAGUCUCUUCAGUGCUCACACAGAGGGUUUGCUUGGUCCCAUGCUCACAUAUGGCCAUGGAAUUGAAGCAAUUGGUGGCACUUUCUCGUCCUUACAAAUAUCUUCACUGCUGCUGCUGGUUAACUUUGGUCUUUCCACUCCCCAUCAUCUCUGCUGCUGUGUUAUCAUUAAAACUUCCAUUAUUCAGCUUUGCCCAGCACAGUGAGAGGUAAUCUUAUUUCUCACUGCCUUUCUAAAGCAAACAAAGAUGGGGAAAAGCCUCGCUGAAAUACCCAAUUGAAAAUAAUUUAUGACUUACAAUGAGCCACAAAAGAAAAGGGAGAUGCUCAGAAAUAAAAAAAGAGACUGCCACUUUAGGAAAAUCCAGUGUGUUAGGAGGUCAUUUUAAUUAAUUAAGGUCAAAACGCUAUUCUGGCAGGGACAGAUUAACAUGUUUCAAAGCAUCUGGACUUGUUAAAGCUACAGGUUCAAGAGAGUCCAGCCCUUCCCCUUCCCAGCAGUGGAUACACUGAAUAACCUGCCGCUUCCUGCGUGAGAGGCUUUCAGAUGAGCCUUUCCAAAGUCAGGUUCUCUCUGUUCUGCAUACCUUUUGAAGGGCUCACAGCAAAUGUGCAGGCUGGGAAUUGCCCCUCAGCACAGUCAAAAGCCUCCUGUGCCCUAGUGCUGGUUGUGCCAUACUGGGGCAGGAAGUAGGAAGGAGCACAGGAAGCCCCUGGAGCCUCAUCAUAGUGAAAACUCCUUCCCCGGCAUCCAAGCAGUCUCUUGGUCAAAUACCCUGCUUAACCCAGUCAGUUCAAUACCUUGGGAACUGAUUUUUGCCUUGCAGUUAUUAAGCCAAUGACUAAUUGUGCCAUUUGGGGAUGCAGUAAAAUGUGCAGUCUUACUUCAGUUGUGAGUUAUGUUUUUACAUUGUAGAAUACAUGGACUACAGGAAUGUAUCUCAGAGCUUUUUGACCCCAUGUUCCUGGCUAAGUUCCAGUUAGUACUAGAAAAACAUGAGCUAUUUAUGUCUCAUCAGUGCAUUUUGGCCAGUAGGUUGCUUCCUGUCCCUGUUUCUCUGGAGCCCUGCAGCUGUUGUGGAGCCAUAUGCACUGUGCCAGUGGGGAACAGAGGUGCCUGAGCAUUAUAGACACCAACCAAGUAAAUCCCACUCUCUGCAGUGCAGGAUAUUCCUCUUUCUGAUCUCUUGGGUGUUAUGGGCAAGGUUGAAUAAUGGAUCUCUGCUCUUUAAUGCCCCAAGUUAGGUUCAGUGCUCUUCUUCCCCACUCUCUCUUGGCUCUGCCAUCUACUACAGAGAGGAGGGAAAAGAAAAAUCCACAGGAAAGACCCCAUUCUCUCAACCUGCCCUCCCCACCCCUAGUACCAGGUGGGCUGCUAGAGCAUCCUUCAGUCCCACUCCUCUGAAAGCUUCUUGUAAUGCUAUUUGAACAUCAUUUAUGCUCAGAGCAUGUUUUUCAUUACGUCAAAGUCUGGAAAGUGUCUUAAGUCAUUCAUGGCAGAAGUGAGAUUGUAAAACGUUGAAAUUUGGGUUGGUUUUCUUUUGCUUUUUUUAUUUGUUUGGUUUGAUAAUUUUUUCAUUGGGAAGUAAAGAUGAAGCAUGUGCAAUACUUUGGAUUUUGUGUCUACAGUUAUCAUUGUGUGUAUGUUCAAGAGAGAGAGAUGGACAUCAAAUAGGUCUACGGGAUAUGUUAUGAGGCGUGAAAUCAUGUUUGUAAUGAGAUUUCUUGUUAAUGGCAGUCAGCCUUCCUUGAGUCUAAGCAUUAAUGCAAUAUCCAUUAGUGCAGCUAAACCUCCCUCUGCUCUACUUUCCCAAACGGGUUUGACUUUGUACCUAGUUUAGCAUUUAUAAAUAUUUGAUAUAGGGUUCAAGGAGUAAUUUACAUGUUAAAAAUAUAUGAAUGUUCUAUGAAAAAACCACAAGUUUCUACUGUAACUUCAUUCACAAACCAAAACAAGAAAGCAUGAUGAAAUUUGCUCCACUAAAAUGGCUGGAAGCCUAUUCAUUGAUUUCUCUAGUCUGUGGAUUAGGUCUGUUUUCCAUCUUUAUUUCAUACUGUGUCACCUUUGAAGUCUUUGCAGGCCAAAUGCAUAUCUCUAAUCAGAAAGCACAGUCUUGAUCCUUAAAUGGAAAAUGAUCCACUUCUGAAGCGCUUGUGCCUUUAUCACUGAAAGCAAACCUAAAUUAGGAAAUCCUGGUGUGAGCAUCCUGUAAAUACAGAAAGAGCACUGUCUGUGGGCAGCUCUUUGCUUCAUUUCUGCCUCUUCACAUCCACUUCCACCUGUCCCUGAGAUGUCUUGGAACUGGAAGCUAGGAAAGAAAAGUGAAAACAAGAGGAAAGGAUGUGCCAGAAAUAAGAUGUGCCAGAACCAUUGUGCUGAUCUUGAUUUUUUGCUGGUUUUAGGCAGACUCCUAAUUUGUGUAAUACUAACCUAGGAAUUGCUAUGAUUGUUUUGCAUUUGUUACGGUUGUUAUGAAUUUGGGUUUGGGGUUUUUUUCCUAGCUGAGUGGUUUUGUUUGCUGUCAUCUUUUGUUGGGGUUUUUUGUGAAGGUUUCAUUUCACUUUUUAUUGAGAAGGAAAUGAAAGAUCACAUAACCCAACAGCCAUCAUCAACAAACACAGAGAUCCUGUCCUCCGUCCCACAGAUGCGGCUUAAAUACUGGUUUGUGGCUUCACAGGCAUGUUUGAGGUCAUCUAUAAUUAACAACACAGGUGAAACUUUCUUCCCCUUUGCUUACCCAUUUACAGUGGAUAAAAACAAAAUAACAGAGUCAGAGUAUGGACAAUAGGAUGGCAGAUGUUUUUUCAAUGGAUAAAGAUUAUAGCUAAGAAAUACAAAUGUUUCUGGAACCAAAUAUUUUUUUCUCAAAAGGACAGACAAAUGUGGCUCAUUCAAAUAUGUCAUUCUCUUGAGUGUGUUAGAUGCUUUUGAAAAUUGCCUGUUUUCUGCUGUUAAUGAUCCAGCACAAGCCCUUCCACUGGAGAGACUAAUGGACGGCAGUCAGAACCAAGGCAGAAGGAAAUGUAUGAAAAAUAGAGGAGCUCAGCCAUAAUUUGAGGUGGCGGCUUUGUUUGCUUUUGUCCACUGUGUCCACAACUUGAACAUUAUUUUAAAGGGCAUAUUUGUAUUUAAUUUCUUUUGAGCCUUUUUUUUAAUUGCUGAAGCACUCUCACAGCAUCUUCUCCAAGUGCACCUGAGGUCAUCUUAAACACCGUUUAAUGUCUGUCUGAUGCUGAUCCUUUUAAAAUCUCCAAUGAGAUUAUGAUUCAUUUGUUCUUGCUAGAUGACAAAUGAAUUGUAACAGCCUUAACAAAAAUCUUAUUUUGUUAAGGCUGUAUAAAGGUGCUGCAGCAUGUGAAACCAGCAAGUUGAUUUUUAUUAUUGCAUUACUCUGAAAAAGAAAAAAAACCAACUAAUGAGAUCUUUGUUUCUAGUGUGAAAGGCUCCCCUUAGCUUGAGAGGACACGUGCAAAGCCUCUGCUGUGAAUGCCUCGAUAUAAUCAGCUUACAAAAUGGAGGAAAAUGGUAUUACAGAAAGAUUUCUGAGGGACAUAACUCCAGUGGAGCAGAACAUGCACUUGCUAAAGACUGCUCUCUUGCUCUCUCUCCUCAAGUCAGUGGGAAUUUUUAAUGGGAGUUACUGCAAGGCUGUAUGGUUUUUUAAUGCUCUAGCAGAUGUAAUUUCCCAUCCAGUCAUCUGCACACUUGUGGUUGGUACACCAUAAAGGCUGAAGGCCAAAUCCUGCUGUCACUGCACACAGCCCCUCUGCUUCAUCAGUGAUCAUAAAUAUGUACUUAUAUUACUUGAGGUUUUUGCUGAAGGGAAAUGGGAGAGGGCAGGCCUUCCUUCUGCUCCUUGAUCACAGGCUUUGCAUUCACAAUGAGUUUUAUUAGAAGUAUCAUAUAUUUACAUGCUGCAGAAUGAGGCCUGCGUGGGAUGGGAAAGAUCUUUAUGAUUUUAGACCUGCCUAAGAAAACAACUGUUCUAAUUUUAGACAAGUUGCAUUCCAUAUCCAUCUGUUUAGUGCAUCAGUCUGAUGUUUACUGUUUAGUAAAUUGCAUUUGGGUUUUUUUUUUUUUUUUUUUCUUUUGAGGACAUUGCCUGUCAUCAGCCAGUGUAAAAUAGCACCAAGGACUUCCAGACAUACCCAUAGGGCCAAACUGUGACAGCUUCACACACCACAGUCCCAUCAAAAGCAAGGAAAGCUGGACUGGGCACAUGAAAUACAAUCCCCCUGACAUCGAAUUACAUGUCCUGCCUCAUUUCAUAGAGAUGGAUGACACCCUGGGAAAAAAAACCCAAAAAACACAUGCUGCCACUUCAUCCAAGUUUAAAAUGUAUUAAAAUCAAGGAAAUUAUAUUAGACAUGGCUGUAGUCUAUCAAAUCCAGCCCUGUGUAUAGGCAGAACUCCAAGGGAAAGUAACAGGAGUUUCCAUUAUGGAGUUUGCAGAAGGAAGCCUACAUAAUGAACUUGACAAAGUGUCAACUUUGUGUAAACUCUCCUGGUGGGUCUGUAUAAAGGUUUUUUUUAAGAAAUCUUCAUUGGAACACACCAGAGAAUAAUAAACUUGCACCUUGAUAGAAUAGCUUUAUUUGUAUAUACUCUAUGUAAAUUUUAAACCAGAGGAAUACAUGUCAUGCCUUGUACAUACCUGACUAGAAUGGUAGCAGUGCUGUGCACUGCUUUUAGGGGAUCCAGCUUCUCAGUCCUGGAUUUCCAGCUGUAAAGGUUGCAGGAGACUGCUUGGGACCAGCUAAAGCAUUGGAUGGAUAGAUGCUCACCACUCACUGCUUAGAAAUGCAGGAGCAGGAUUUGGAUCAGAUGUUGGCUAUGGAGAAGAUUGCUUGCUUCUACUCUUGGCUAAGGGACAAGUGCCUCCUUUGCUGUGGUCUCCAACAGAAGUGAUUUAUGGUCAGAGUGUGGGAACCUUCAGAGCCCUGUUUGGUCUUUUAAAGGGGUCUGAGAUUCGGGUGUCACAUGGGAAGGUCCCUGAAGAAGCAGUGUGUACAUACAUCUACCUACCUGUCUGUCUGUUAUCUAAUAUCCCACUGUUUCUGUAUUGAAUGGUCUCAGUAACCUGUAAACAAGUGAUCACUCCUGUUGUGCUACUGCUUUGAAAUUCUUUGCAUGCACUCUGGCAUAUAAUUCUUUACGAAAAGAAAUUAUACAUAUUAUAUAUACAUAUAUAUAUAGUAGCUUGCAAAAUAUUCAUGUUGAAGAGCCAUGUUUUGUGCAAAUUGUACAUUUAUGUUGUGAGCAAUAUUGCAAUACGAACUUUUAUUAGUUGUCAAUAGUAGAUUUAUCACAUUAUUUUUGAGCUUAUGUACGUAUCCCAAGUUUUCAGCCUCCGGCAUUAGAUCAGCUACUGAAGGAGACUUUUUCUUUGCAAUAGAAAUAGCACAGGCUUCCAGUAAAUGGGCAGGUGUGCAAGUCCCAUUCUGUUUAAUGCAAGUUGCGAGGCUGAUUCUUCAUGCAGGUUGUCAGGCAAAUAUUCUCUUGUCCGUGCUGGAAUUUGUGUUUGGUAUUAGGACCCUGUUGUGGUCAUCUAGAACAGAACUCAAACCCCAGCAUUGCCAAACAAAGUGCUUGACUCCUACUGCUCUCUGUGUCCGCAGGUGCUCCGGUAUAAACACGAGGAGGACUUAAGGAACUCCCAGUUGCCUGCUGGAUAGCCAAUGUUAUAUUUUCAAAUGUUCAUGCUACAUAGUUUUCAAUGUAGGGGCUAGAUAAAAGUGUAAUACCAGUAUGGCUUUAGAAAAGCUACAGUGUUUGGAGCUUGACCUUGAAACUUUUACCUGAUUCCUGAACAUCAUCGGUGGCUUUGUUUGCUCAAUGUUUACCUCUUGGAAAUGUAUGCUAUUGAUUUAAAUGUUUAAUAUAUUGACUGCCAUUUUUUGUAUAUUUGUUAUCAUAAAGGUUUGGUUCAAAUGCUAACAAUUGUGGUCUAUUUUCAGACUUGAAAUACUUAUGGUUCUGUAUUUGGAAGGCAAAGUUAUUAAUGAAUAUAGCAAUUUGGUAUUUUAUUCCUGUUUUAUACAGCUGCCCCCAUAGGUUAUUAUCAGAUAGCAAUGAAUAUUGCUGAACAGCAGGUGGAACUCCUUUGAGUGUGUUUAUGAGCCAUCUCUGUUCAAUAAAAAUUCCAUUGUUUUCUAGCCUA